AUGCCUUAUAAUUCCUCCAUGUCUUUGGCCGCCUAUAACACGACGCAUAUGGACUGCGCCAAGUGUAAGGUCAAACGGCGCGUGUAUAUUACAGACGAAGACCCAGCCACACUGACGAAAUAUAAGACGUGCGAUGCGUGCCGACGGAAAAACAAGGUCUACAAAAAGAACCAGAAGCUUAAAAUGCUCCACAAGCUGAAUGCUAUGGACCAGCUGCAGCGUGAGUCGGUCAUGGGGCCGACUAUCCAGGUGGAACAAGAUUUGGGCCAUGUCAAACCUGUAAAACUUCGUCCCUCUUUCACAUCGUUUCUGGAGAGAGUGUCGCACAACAAGCAAAGGGACGUCAUCUCCAUCAAAUAUAGCUGCGAGGUUCCAGAGUUCAUUAUCCAGAGAUACGAUUCUAGCAUGAUUAUAAGCAAUCGACCCGACUAUGCCAGUGUUGACAGUGUGGAGCAAAAAGUGACAAAUUAUAGAGAAGAAGUGAAAAAGAAGCUGAAGUUGCAUUAUCUGAGUCGGCUUUUUGAUAUUCUGGAAAGCCAGGGAUACACGUUCAAGACGAGGUCGACCAACUGGAAAAAUAACAAGUUCUACGCGCAGAUGCUAUGCCACGAGGACGUUGGAAAUAAACGUAGAGAUUUCUCGCUCUUGGUUGACGAUGCUGACGUGCCCGAAAAUUCACAGGAGCAAGACAUAAACGAGUCGCAUGACAACGACAACGCCAAGUACGAUGUCGCGCAGCCAAGAAACGUCCUGCUGUACCCCUGUCAGUCACGCCUGAAUUAUUCGUUCGAUUCUACCAGUGGGCUUCUAUCUCUGGAGUAUAGCCACCUGGAUCACGAUGGACUACCGCCCACCAACCCUCAGGAUCCAAAAUCUAUUGCCCAUCCGCCAAACUCGGCAAUAAACCUCGCUUCGCAAUGGGUCAAACAGCUGCAAUCGACACCAAACGGAGAGCAGACCGAUAAUGCCUCUCGAAUGAAACUACUAAUGAAUCCAGAACAGGACGGCUCCGACGCCAGUUCACAAAAAAACGGAUCCGCUCUUGCCAACGCCUUGAAUUAUUUGCAUCGCAACAUCUCCAACAAGGAGUAA